CAACAAACCAAAGCAACCUCAUCAUCCACCAAAAGAGUCAUAGAAACAAUAACAAUUAAUAAUGUAUCAUAAUAAGUCAUCACAAAAACAACGUCAAUAGAAUCAAAGAGAAUGGGCCGGACGAGCUCCUCCGCUAAAGUUGUGACGCGGACCACGGAAGGAGCAGGAUUGCUCGAAACGAGUCAUCCUCUCGUUGAGCUGGCAAACGUCAUCUCGAAUGCAUGUGAGAGUGUCAAAGAUCCUCUUCACCCAAGAAGGUUCCGGUGCUUCUUCUCUCGGACGAGUCCUGCGUUGACGAAUGAUGCGUUCUGUGGUUCGACAUCCUCCGGCACGAGACAACUCUGCUUCGUUCUCGCUCUCCUUUUCGUCUGCAACAACCAGGUCCAGAUUUUGCUUGCCGGUUGUCUCUUUACGGGAGACAGUCCGGGUGAACUUGGUGUCCUUUAUGAAACAAGUCAUCUUCACCGGCACCCGAGUGUCCCGAGUAAUAUCCACUUUGCAGUGAGCAAGGAUAUGCAUGAUAGGGAUUGCAAAGCGAAGAUGUGAAAAGCGAGUACCAUUACUAAGUGCAAUAAGAAAGAAAUGAACCCAACCAAAUUUGCAUUGUUCAACAGGACGUGAAACAAUCAAAUGUAGUCCUUGUUGACAACGCCAUGGUUCGAAUCACGGGACAACAAAACAUAAGAGAAGAUGUAUUGUUGGACGCGUUGAAUCAAAGUGAGGUUAAUGA